AUGCUCGGGCUACACCGCACAAGCUUGGCUCGCAUUGCAUCUGCUACCAGAGAGGCGUGGGCUCGUCGGUGCAACAGCAGCAGCAGGAGAAUAGGAUCAGCGAGAGCGGCGCAGCACGGUGCUAUGGCGGGAGGACGAUCAGGGGAGGAGGAGGAAGGACGGAACGGCGCCGUGCCGCCUUCCUCCGACGCCGCGAUGGCGGGCGUGGCCACUGGCGGCGUGGAGGACGCCUACGGCGAGGACCGCGCCACCCAGGACCAGCCCGUCACGCCGUGGGCCGUCUGCAUCGCCAGCGGCCACUCGCUGCUGAGGGAUCCGCGGCACAACAAGGGCAUGUCCUUCACGGAGGAGGAGCGGGACGCGCACUACCUGCGCGGCCUGCUGCCGCCGGCGGUGCUGCCCCAGGAGCUCCAGGAGAAGCGGCUGCUGCGGAACGUGCGGGAGCUGGAGUCCCCACUGCACCGCUACAUGUUCCUCAUGGACCUCCAGGAGCGGAACGAGCGGCUCUUCUACAAGCUCAUGGUCGACAACGUCGAGGAGCUGCUCCCCGUCGUCUACACGCCCACCGUCGGCGAGGCGUGCCAGAAGUACGGCUCCAUCUUCAGAAGGCCGCAGGGCCUGUACAUCAGUCUCAAAGACAAGGGAAGGAUACUGGAGGUGCUGAGGAACUGGCCGGAGAAGAGUAUUCAGGUCAUCGUUAUCACCGACGGCGAGCGCAUCUUAGGCCUCGGGGAUCUUGGCUGCCAGGGUAUGGGGAUUCCCGUGGGGAAGCUUGCUCUGUAUACUGCCCUUGGUGGCGUCAGGCCAUCUGGUGCAUUGCCUAUAACCAUCGAUGUGGGGACGAACAACGAGGAGCUGCUGAAUGAUGAGUUCUACAUUGGAUUACGGCGAAGAAGGGCCACUGGCCAGGAAUACACUGAGCUUCUAGAUGAGUUCAUGGCUGCCGUUAAGCAGAACUAUGGGUCCAAGACUCUUGUCCAGUUUGAAGACUUUGCAAACCACAAUGCAUUUACCCUUCUUGAGAAGUACAAGGGAACACAUCUCGUCUUCAAUGAUGAUAUUCAGGGCACGGCUGCGGUGGUCCUUGCGGGCCUUAUUGCUGGUCUGAAGUUUGUUGGCGGAACUUUAGCUGAUCACAAGUUCUUGUUCUUCGGCGCUGGAGAGGCUGGUACAGGCAUUGCUGAACUAGUGGCUUUGGAGAUAUCGAAGCAGUCCCACCUUUCACCCGAAGAGGCUCGCAAAAAUAUUUGGCUUGUUGAUUCAAAGGGGCUGAUCGUCAGUUCGCGUAAAGAGUCUAUACAGCCUUUUAAGAAGCUAUAUGCACAUGAGCAUGAACCAGUCAAAGAUCUAUUAAGUGCCAUCAAGGAUAUCAAACCAACUGCACUCAUAGGAUCAGCUGGUGUGGGUCAAAGUUUCACCAAAGAGGUGAUUGAGGCUAUGUCUUCGAUUAACAAGAGACCAAUCAUCCUUGCUCUAUCAAACCCAACAUCGAAAUCUGAAUGUACUGCUGAGCAGGCAUAUUCAUGGAGUGAGGGCCGUGCAAUAUUUGGGAGUGGAAGCCCAUUUGAUCCAGUCAAAUACAAUGACAAACUUUUUGUACCUGCACAGGCGAACAAUGCCUACAUCUUCCCAGGGUUCGGUUUAGGUGUAGUGAUCUCAGGGGCAAUACGGGUGAAAGAUGAUAUGGUCCUUGCUGCAGCUGAAGGCCUAGCUGAACAGGUCACCUCAGAGCAUUUCGACAAAGGUCUGAUCUAUCCGCCCUUCUCCAGCAUCAGGAAGAUCUCAGCUAACAUCGCAGCUCGUGUCGCUGCGAAAGCCUAUGACCUUGGAUUGGCUAGCCAUCUCCCUCGUCCAAGAGACUUGGUGAAGUAUGCGGAGAGCUGCAUGUACAGCCCCAUCUACCGUUCUUACAGAUGAAUCCAGGGUACACUCCCUAGGCCAAGAAUAAUGUACAGUUGGACCUGAUUAUGAUUUACUGUGUCUCCGCCAUUGGACACAUGUGCUUUGUUCAUGUUUUUGGAGCUAUUGUGUACAGGAUUUGCUACAGCGAGCUAAUAUCCCGUGUUUGGAAGAGAAUAAUGUAUA